AUGGCGGAACACGUAGUCAUCGAUUUUUUGCUGCCAACGGAGCUGCCACUGUCUCCUGCUGAUCAGAUGCCCAUUGUGGCAGCAGAUCCGAUUGUUCAAGAAACUGUAGCAUCAUGUUCCUUCUUUUGUGUGUUGGGUCAUGUCUUUAGUACAUUGUAUACCAUCAUUUUAUGGACAAUCAGGCUGCCAUAUUCCAUUUUCAACGUAUCCGUAAAGACAAUCACCAUAGUCAUUGAUUACCAAACUAUAUUUAUCACAAUCCUAUUUAUCUCCAUUGUCAUGUACCUGCUUUUCAGAUACCGUAUCCUCACGAGAUACUCGAGGCUUCCAGUGGCCCCAAUCUCAAAGAAGGGUGUACCAUUCGAUCUGCAUCCUGACGCUGCUCUAGAAGACUCGAAAGAUCUUCCACCGGGUUAUGCUGAUGAGUUUCUUGGUGCUUUCUUAUCUUCAAUCAAGGUCUUUGGGUAUCUUGAUCGCCCCGUCUUUCACGAACUCGCUCAAGGUCUCCAGACACGUAAACUCCGAGAAGGAGACAUACUAUUCAAAGGCGACGAAGACGACAGUCGCGACUUUUACGUAGUAGUAGAUGGCUGUGUCCAGAUAUUCGUCAAAGGACAAGACCAGCCUGAUCAGGGUAUGAUGGAAGGCACAGUAUAUGAAGUAGACGACGAUCAGUCAGGACUAGAAGGUCAUCACCUGCUAAACGAAGUACACAGCGGUGAAACAGUGUCUUCUCUCUUCAACAUCUUGGCCGUCUUGACAGAGGACAAGGACGUUGAAGAUCAAGUAGCUGAUGAUAAUGCUGAAGAAGGGUUGAGUGGUGGUGGAGGACACGCCAAACAGACUGUCUUUCCUGGGUUAUCAACGGCCAUUCCAACUUCUGAUGCUACGUUUAGUCCGCCGCUUACUCCGGCAGGUGUAGAUCUCGAUGAUAUUAUGAGUGCUGGUAGUACUGCUGCUGGACGAAAGUCGUUUUCUGCACAUGGAGCAGGUGUAGAUACCGAUGAGACUGGUAGUAGUGGUUUUGGGACUGGACGAAAGCCAUCGCCCUCAACUCCACUACCAUCAACGUCUUUCCAUCGAUAUAGAGCGAUUAGUGCCAAUAUUGUAGCUAGAGCUGCAUGUGAUACCACUCUGGCGGUUAUUCCAGCUGCGUCCUUUUCAAAACUAUCUGAAAAGUUUCCAAAGUCCGCUGCUCAUAUUGCUCAGGUCAUUCUUACACGUUUUCAACGAGUCACCUUCUUGACCUUGUAUCGAUAUCUCGGCUUAUCACGUGAAUUACUACAUAUAGAAAGAACAGUCAAUGAAUACCAAGGAUAUACCAAUGGUCUGCCUCAAGACUUUCCGCAUUCUGCGAUGGAUCGUCUUCGAUUAAGACAAGCUGUGAGAGCAGAGGAAAGCACAGACUCUGAAACGACACAUAGACCAAAAUCAACAAUGCUACGAAAGCCAUCUACUACCACUAGACCCGUAACUCCAACUCCAUCUCGAGUAACUAGAUUCGCUGAUUCUGCUCUGGCAUACGAUGCAGACAAUGAUUCGUCUUCUCUUCCACCGCCAUCGAUACUACCAACUCCCAAAAUUAGUAACAAGUCAAAUACCCCUGGUUUGUUAGGUAACGAAGGUGUAAGGUUAGCACCUGAAGUCGAUGCUGCUGAUAGUAUUGAAUUGAAACGAGCAGUAUUCGAUUGCAUCGCCUUCCUAAUCGGAUUAAAAUACGAUGCUGCUACCCAUUCAGCCCCAACUUCAGCAUCAACAACCAAAUCAUCUCGCCACCCAACAUUUUUCGUCGGAUCUGAACACCAUCCUCUCCAUUCACGCAACGAAAGUCUCCCAAACGUCCUCCCUCAUAUACGCCUCCCCCACAAUCGAGAGGAAUCUAUAUCAUCGCGAGACGGAGUAGACUCUGAUAACGACUCUGUAACCUCAUCGACCUCAUCAUCAAACGUAUCGCACCAGCAACACACACAACCACAACCAGAUCCAUAUCUAGAUGUCCAAAUCAUUGGGUAUGAACGUGGCCAGAAUAUCGUUAAUGCUGGUGAUAAAGUCCUUGGAUUGUAUUUCGUCGCUGAUGGUGUGGUGGAAGCCUCUAUGGUUGUGGAUCCUGACAGGGCGCUGGAUAUGAGUGCGCUUGGUGGUACUAGUGGUAGUGAGAAAGAGAGAGGGCGAGAAAGGCAACGCUCGCCUAGACAUAGUGGAGCUAGUAGGGAUGGUGAUGAUGGUGGUGGGACGGGUUCUUCAAAGAAAUCGAGAAGGAGUUUGUUCUUGAUUCGACCUGGUGGGUUGGCUGGGUAUAUAUCGGCUAUCACAGGUCACAUAUCACUUGUCUCGUUACGAGCCAAGACAGAUUGCCAUCUUGGGUUUAUAUCCAAAGCAGUUUUGGAUCGAUACGUGGAAAGGAAUCCUAGCAUCUUGCUUACUUUGGCAAAGAGGUUAUUGGCUCAACUGUCUCCAGUUGUCCUGUAUGUCGAUUUGGCAUUAGAAUGGUCGGUAGUAAAUGCAGGCCAAAAAGUAUGUCGACAAAACGAGAGAGCAGAAUCGAUCUUUAUAGUAUUGAAUGGUCGAUUACGUGCUAUCGCCGAACGUCACCCUCCAUUAUCAGCAUCAUCACCCGAUACGCCAUCAUCUUCCCACUCCAAUUCUCCACGUACACCAUCGCCGGAUCCCCAUGCUAUGGGACACGAGUUUGAAAUCUUAGGUGAAUAUGGUCAAGGAGAAUCGAUUGGAGAAUUCGAAGUCUUGACGGGAGCUAGACGACCAGCCACUAUCCAUGCUAUUCGAGACACAGAAAUCGCCGUGAUGCCCAAAACAUUAUUCAACGCUCUCGCCAUCCGGCAUCCAGAAAUCACAGUCCAGAUCUCGCGUAUCAUAGCCGAACGAUCACUUGCAUUAGCCAAACGACGUAACGACCCCGUACCAAUGUAUAUGACUGGCGGUGGAGUCGAUUUCGGAAAAAACAACUCAAACCUAAAAACCGUCGCCAUACUCCCCGUAUCUGGCUCCGUCCCCAUAAUGGAUUUCGCAGAUAAACUACGAGACGCAUUUGAACUGGUCGGUGCCAGUGUCGCCAUGCUAAACACUUCGUCCAUCAUGUCAGCGUUAGGCAAGCAUGCCUUUUCGCGUAUGGGUCGAUUGAAACUUAUGGGCUGGCUUGCUGAUCAGGAGGAACAUCAUCGUCUUGUGCUUUAUGUUGCUGAUGGUGGUGUUAAUUCUCCAUGGACACAACGAUGUGUGAGACAGGCGGAUUGUAUCUUGCUUGUUGGAUUGGGUGAUGAGGAUCCGUCUAUUGGAGAGUAUGAGAGGUUGUUGAUGGGGAUGAAGACUACAGCGAGGAAGGAGUUGGUGUUGGUGCAUUCGGAACGGCAUUGUGCGCCUGGGUCUACUGCUGCGUGGCUGAAGAAUCGAUUAUGGAUUCACGCACAUCAUCACAUGCAGAUGCAGCUCUUCCCCAAUCCGAGAAUGCUAACGGCUGAAUCUCGCAAGACCACUCUAGCAAACAUCCGAACGACCUUCCAACGAUACUACACCCGAGCCUCAGGCGUCCAUCUCCACCGCCAAGGCUCCGAUCCACACCUCUUCAGCGGCCUACGAUCCGACUUUGCUCGCCUCGCACGUCGCCUCCUCUCCAAAUCCAUUGGAAUCGCAUUCGGUGGCGGUGGAGCUCGUGGCAUAGCCCAUGUAGGAAUCGUACGAGCAUUUGAAGAAGCUGGUAUACCUGUCGAUAUGGUUGGGGGAACCAGUAUUGGAUCGUUUGUAGGUGGACUGUAUGCACGAGAGAAUGAUCACGUCAGUAUAUAUGGACGUGCCAAGAAUUUUGCGGGACGGAUGGCUUCUGUAUGGCGUCAGCUUCUUGAUCUAACGUAUCCGGUUACGUCGCUGUUUACGGGGCAUGAGUUCAAUCGCGGCAUAUGGAAGUGCUUUUUGGAUACCCAUAUUGAAGACUGCUGGCUCUCGUACUUUUGCGUGACGACCAACAUUACGUGGUCGCGCAUGGAAGUACAUCGAACUGGAUACAUGUGGCGUUAUAUCAGAGCUUCUAUGUCACUUGCAGGAUUCCUACCACCACUAUGCGACAACGGAGACAUGCUCCUAGAUGGUGGCUACCUCAACAACCUCCCCGCCGACAUCAUCCGCGCACUAGGCGCCAACACAAUCGUCGCAAUCGAUGUCGGAGGAGCAUUUGACAACCUCCCAGCCACAUACGGCGACUCGCUCUCUGGCUGGUGGGCACUGCUAGCACCCUUCAUCCCAUUCGUCAAACACGGUAAAAUAGCGGCCCAGGCUGAAAUCCAGUCUCGUCUUACGUAUGUCGCAUCAGUCAAGCAGUUGGAUGAUGUCAAGAACUCGCCUGACGUGCUGUAUUUGCAUCCACCUGUCGCUGUAUAUGGCGUUUUGCAGUUUGAAAAGUUUAAAGAGAUUUAUGAUGCUGGGUAUGAGUAUGGAAAGAUGGUUGUGAGCAAGUGGCAGGAGGAUGGAAUAUUAGAGGAGAGGUUUGGUGUGAGGGUUAAUCAUGGUCGGGCAAAGAGAGUUAGAAGGGCUUCGAUAUAA